AUGGCUUCUCCGCCCAAGCCCUGGGAGCAGCCUGGCGCGGCUGCGAACGCUACUGCCCCUUCUAUCUCUCCUUCAGUUGGAACCACUGUCGCAUCGACAACCGAUUCAUCUAACGCACCUCCGCUCCCCAAUCGCCCUGCUUCUCUCAACUCUACCGUCAAUCAGAACGCUGCCAACUACAGCAGGAUGAAUUCAUCCCCUUACAGCUCCAUGGGCGGCGCCUACUCGUCGGGCUAUUCCAGUCCCUACUCGCGAUUCGGAAUGGGUGGCAUGGGCGGCAUGGGAGGCUACGGCGGUGGUUAUGGUAGCAUGUACGGCGGAGGAUAUGGUGGCUAUGGAGGUGGCAUGUACGGCGGCAUGGGAGGAGGCAUGUAUGGUGGUGGUAUGGGAAUGCCUGGCGACCAAAACAGCUUGACAAACUCAUUCAACAACAGCACGCAAGCUACCUUCCAGAUGCUUGAGGGCAUAGUCACAGCCUUUGGUGGUUUCGCGCAGAUGCUCGAAAGCACAUAUAUGGCCACUCACUCCAGCUUUUUCGCUAUGGUCUCUGUCGCCGAACAAUUUGGUAAUUUGAGGGAUACUCUGGGUUCAGUGUUGGGUAUCUUCACUCUGAUGCGAUGGAUCCGAACUUUGAUUGCCAAGAUUACCGGUAGACCGCCGCCUGCCGAUGCCACAGCUCUCACGCCCGCUGCCUUCGCUAUGUUCGAAGGACGCAGCGUUGGUCCCGAUGGCAACCCUCUUCCUGCUAAGGCUAGCAAGAAGCCUCUUCUUUUCUUUGUCCUGGCCGCUUUCGGUAUUCCUUAUCUUAUGUCCAAGAUGAUAAGAUCACUUGCUGCAUCGCAAGAGCAGGAGCAAAAGCGUCUCCAGGCUCAGGCCAUGGAAUCACAGCAACCAGUCGACCCUUCCAAGCUCGAGUUCUGCCGACUCACCUUCGACUUCCUUCCCCAACCCAACACUGGUAUGGAGCUUGAGGCUCGCAAGGGCGAUCUCGUUGCCGUUCUCAACAAGAACGACCCCUCAGGCAACCCCAGUGAAUGGUGGCAAUGCCGAGCUCGUGAUGGCCGCCAAGGUUAUCUACCCUCCACCUACCUUGAGGUCAUCAAGCGCCCGGCCCAAGAGCCUAAGAAGCUCAAGGCUGCCCCCAGCGAGAACAGCCGCGCAAACUCGCUGACAAGCUCAAUUGCCCACCCUGAGGGAGGCAAGGAGUACGCUACAGCCGACGGCAUGCAGAGAAGCCACUUCUACUCAUAA